AAAUAAUAUAUAUUUUUUUAAACACAGCAAAACUCCAGCCCAACCCGAGUGGCUCAGUUGGCUGAGCGUUGCCCUGUGCACCGGUUCUGUCCCCGCUCGGGGCACGGAGGGAAAGCAGCCGAAGGACGUUUCUUUCGCUCUUCUCUCUCUCAGCAUGUCCUUGGCGUCUUGUGACUGUUUUUACUUAAUUGGGCAUUGCUGUCUCAACAAGCAUGGAGAUAAGAUUAGAAGUUUUGACAUCAACAAGUAUCAAGCAGAAGAGACCCUGGCCACGAGUCUCCUGGUUGGGACAGGAAAAUGAAGCUGUUUUUCUUUUGGAUUAUAAACUUAUAAAUGAAAUUAAUUUGCUAUCGGGAAGGACGAAGAAGAAAAUUCCUCGUCUGCAGCCGUUCUUGAAGGAUGUUAUUGUCCUAGCAACGUCCAGUAAUGAUGCCUGGCUGGCUGGGGUACUUACUACGGGGGAGCUUUUCCUUUGGAACAAAGAUCAAGAUUGUUUGAAAACUAUCCAAGCAACUGAAAAGCCUAAGGAGAUGAUUAGAGCUGCAGUAGCAAGCUCUUUGAGACUCUAUUUGUAUGUAUCUGGAGAUGGAAAAAGAAUUCUGAUUUUAACUCCUUCUGGAUGCAUAUUUCUUUGGGAGUAUUUGGAGUUCAAGAAUAUCUUUUCUUCUAAAACCCCUUCAUUGAUGGGCCGGUGGUCCCAGAUCACACCUGAAGAAGCAGUUCAUUUGCCUUCCACUGAAGAGAAAGAAGCUGUAGUACACGCUGUGUUCAUAAAAAAUGAGUUAUUUGGAGACUGCUGCUUGUGUUCAUUUACGUUUUAUUCUGGGGAAUGUCUGAGGUUGACAUUUCUAGCAAUUCAGUGGCAUGAGAAUGUGUUUACACCUAUGAGAUCAUUACCAUAUGGUGUCCACUGGGCACAGCAAGAUUGCCUUCUGUCCAGUCUGAUCCCCUCGUGUGAAUCAGUGAAGUCAAGAGGAGCUCUAAUUGCUGCCUUUUCAAGAGAUGGCCUGACCCUGGCAGUAACUCUUAAUCAGAAAGACCCAAAGGCAACUCAGGUACUAUUUAUAAACACACUGAAUUUUGUUACUCUCUGUGGUAGCCUAAAAGGAUGUAGCAAUAAGAAUCCUGUGGUUCCAGCCACACUUGUCAGAUCCUACUGGGUAGGUGACAUCAGCUGGACUCAUGACAGUCUUUUUCUGGCUUGUGUGUUAAAACGUGGCUCCCUGGUCUUACUGACUUGCCAGGGUGAAUUGCUAACAUUAAUUACACGUGGCUGCUCUAUAGAAUUUGGGCCAGCAGAAUUCAUUCCUCUUCACCCUCUCAUAACAUACAGACCACCGCAGUUUACAUUUCAAGAUUCAAACAACUCUGUAGAUUCGUCAGUGUCUGACAGUGACCCGAUGAGACAGAGGUUUUCUGUGAAAGCACACUCACGGCUGCCCUACCUCGUAGUUUCUGAUGGAUACAUGGUCACAACCCUUCGAUUUCUUGAUGGCUUGUCCCCGUCAGUGCUCAUGAGAUCCCUUCUGCUCGAUUCCUCCCAGCGGCUUGAGAAAAUAUACCAAAGCCUGGUCUUGUCUAAGCCAAAAGACAAAGGGCUGAACUUGCGAUCACUGGAUUCCCUAAGGUCGAGCCUGUUAAAACACCAGGGAAACGAAUGUUCAGUUGAUUCUACUGUCCCCAGAUUCUUGCAGGAAGAAGAAACAAUGAAAUUACAUGAAAAAGCAGCAGAUUUGCAGGAUUUUGAAGCAGAAGAAACUAGCAAAGGCACAUACUUUACAAACAACUUAUUCUCUUCUUGGAAACAAAGAAAUGAUCCUUUGUUCAGUGGUGCCAAGGAGGGAAGAUUGGAAUUUGCGUCUAUGUUUGAUACAAUACAUGCGAAGGAUACUACUGAGGAGACAGACAGAACCAUUACAGAACUGCACUCUGUCCAGAGAAACCUCCUUGCAGCAUGGACCAUAGGAGUUUCAAAAAACGUGACAGAAAAAAAUGUAAUGUUGAAUUACACAGUAGUUUGUAUUACUCAUUUUUUCUACAUUCUUAAAUUUAUAAAAUGUCCUUUCCCAAAACUUGAUCUUUUCUUAAGCAAGAGACCAAAACAUGAUGCAUGGGUACUUUGUAUCUUUCAACUCUUUCAUCAGUGUUUAUCAGUCCAGCACUGGGACAUGAGAUACAGACAAGACUUGGGACACCUGGUAAAGCUGACCUCAGGCACUGUACAGCUCCUGCUGACUCAGCAACAACAGGGUCAGUCAUUCUCAGACAGGCUUGUAGCCUGUUUCCAUUUACUCAGAAUGGUAGCUGAUAAUUUAAAUGGCAUAUAUCAUCUUCAACCUGAAGUUAUCUCAGCAUCAACUGAUGGAAGUAGAACAGCAAAUCAAGACUCAUUGGUGGUACCCAUUUUUCAAAUAUUUCAAGACAGUGCUUCUCGGGAAAACUGGUCUUGGAACUCAUCUUUCAAGAUUCGUCCUCAAGUAGUAAAUCUUGUUCAACAGCCAGGACACAGAUUGACGGUUCUCUGGAGAGUGCUAUAUAGAAAAACUUUAUGGUAUCAGACACAGUUAAGUAGAAGAGCUCCUAAAAGUGACAGACCGUUAACUGCAAAGAUGACACAUGAAGCAUCUACUGUCCAGUCCCUGUUAUGUCACAUCCAGGCCAACUUACAAGCUGCCGGAGUCCACUUGAACCAAACCUUAGAGCUCAAAUUUAUCAAUGGUGAAGAGUGUUUCCUGUUAGGAUCAUAUGAAAAGUCUGGUCAAGUGUGGAAAAAAGCUCUACGAGAAACCCAAGAGAAUGGAGGAAGGAGGACUUGUUUUCUUCAGACACGCUAUUACCUUUCUCUUCUGUACUGCCACCUGUAUAACUAUAAUUUAAACGAUGCUCAAGGAUUGUGUGAUCAGCUGGUAAGAGAAAUUCUGAGAUGGUCCCACCUACCUGUAAAAGAAAACGAAGAUAGUUCAGGUUGUUGCCACCUGUUUGCUGUUUUAAAUAGUGCUGCAGCGUCCACAACUUCAUUUCCUGAGUUGGGAAUGCCUGGGCCAGUUCACCCUGAGGCGGCGCUGAGGGUCAUCCAGUCCAUGGCCCGGUUCAUGGCCGCCUAUUUCACCAACCAGCGACUCUGCAUUUUGCCACCUCACAAUGUGAAUAUUCUUCCUCCCCUUCAUAUUAAAACAGAGCAUUCCCUGAGAUUUAUUCCUCUGCAGCACUCUAAGGUGGCCAGGGUUGUUAGAGAUCAGAACCUUUCCAAUGUGUGGACUGUGGAAUAUGCCCUGGAAUUGUUACUUAUUGGUGGCCUCGUUCCGGAAGCAGUAUGGCUGGCCCAUAAACUUGGAGACUGGAAGAUCUCCGUGUCCAUUGGCGUGGCCUUCCAGCUGUUCUGCAGACUGGAGAGCAGUUCCACAAGGUUGAAGAAAAAGGGUCAGAAUCUGCCAUUCAGUGUGACUCCAGUGCAGAUUUUCCAGGAAAAGCUCCAGUGUUUUCUAGGUCGGCCAGCCUCUUUGGAAGCCAAAACGGAAAUGGGUUCAAAAUACAAAAAAUUCACAGAUCCCAUUGAAGAGGAAGAUGCAAACCUGCUGUUGGGUUCAGUGCAGGAAGUACUGAGAGCAGCGGUGAUGGCUGAAGCGGACGUUCUCUCCAAGACAUUUCAGCUUCUGAUAAGCUCUGCCAAGGACUUCAGCAGGAGGCUCUGGGGCUUGGUGCCCGUCGGCUUGUAUCUUCCAGCUCCUCCACUGUAUUGUCCUCAGCCAGCUAUUCUCAGUGAAGAAGAUGGUGAUGAUCUUCUUUUAAAAGCUGAGAAGGAUAAUCGCCAGAAGGUGUCUGGCAUCCUUCAGCGGCUCCUCCUGCUCUUCCGGGCAGCGCGCUGCUCCUUCCCUGCAGCGCAGUGGUACAUCCUGCAGCUGAGGUGGGCCAGAAAGGUCAUGCAGAAGAUUCGGAUGAAAGGGUCCCUUCCUUCACUAAGUCCCUUCCCUCAGUCAUUGCUGAAUUACUGCAUAGGGGGAAUAGCAUUCUUUCGACCUGGAGCAACUGGAGACAACAAGCUUGAUGAAGUUUCCAUUCAAGCAAUAGAGUGCUUCCGAGAGCUCUGUGCUCUGUGUUGGAUGCUGCAUGUCCGUGAUAAGUUAUCCUAUAGUUGCAGGCAGUAUCAGAGAGCAAGAGAGAAUGUGGAGGGGAAGAAGGACCGCAAAGUGGAGUUUGAUUCUUGCAUGGUUGAGCACUGCCUCUGCGCAGCGGAAUGGGCUUGCCGAAUGCUGCCGUUCUCUCGGUUUUCUAAUAUUGAAGAACUCAUUCAGGACCUAAUUUUGAGCCUUAUCGGAGAGCUGCCACCAAUCAGAAAGGCAGCAGAAAUUUUUGUGAAAGCAUUUCCUAACCCUGAGGACGUAAGGGUUCCUUUGAGAGAAAAGUAUCACUCCCUUCAACAGCGACUCAGACACUGUGUCGUGAAAGGCCCCCAAACAGAGGAAAUGAUGUCUGUUGUCAUGCAUUCUUUCCACAAAGUGAGGGUCAAAGCCCUCAAACGUGUACAGAGAAACAUCGGUUCUUUUGAGGUGAAUAUAUGGGAACCGGCUGAAGAAGACAAACCUGCUGAGGGUCCCGGGUUCGACAGGCUUUCCCUGGGGACGAGUCUGAGCAGGAGCACACUCACAGACCUGGGGAUGUCCCUGGUCCACAGCGAUGCUGACACCGCCUCGGAGGCCCUGUCGGUUGAAGAAAAAAGUAGGACAUGUUUCUAUCAAAGAAAUGCUCCAAAUCACAUGGAAUCCACAUCGAUUGCUAAGGCCCAUGAUAAAAAGAAAACAGGUGAUCAGAAAGAAAACCCUAAAAGAAGAGAAGAUCAUGGGAAGUUACUACAAAACGUGUGUCCUGUAGUAGGUGCCUGGGAAUUUGAACGUGAUGAUGAUGAAUAUGUGAAGUUCCUUGAUCUCUUCCUGAGUUAUGUUCUCGAAAGAGACCUGCUUGGUUCCAAGGAUCCUGGUAUCCCAUUUCUGACGAGUUUUUCUGGGCAUUUUAGAGAACAGGAACUUAACCCUUUACUUUCUGAUGUACACACAACUUUGCAACGAUGCCAGGGCAAAAACCUUGGCUGGAGUGUGUUCAGAGCAGGCUCCUGUUUUGUGGCCGCUCCAGAGCCACCCGAGUCUGAAAAAUCGGAAAGCCCUGCGCUGUCAGCUUCAGGACUGGCUAGUCAAGGGACCAGACCUCCUUCAGAGAACCCUCUGAAUGAUAUUGAUAAAAAUGAGGGGAAGAGUGGAUUGUUCGGUUUAAAACAAAAGUCAGUUUAUAGGACACAAGAUGACAACGCAGACAAACUUUUCAUGCAGAGAUUGUCGAACCAUAGUCUGUGGGCUCCCAAGUCCAUUAAAAGUAGAAGAUGUAUUUUCAGAGCAAUUCAGUGCAGUGAUGUUAACCCUCAAGAAGAGCUCCCCCCAGCGCUGAGUCACACACUGGGCGGCCUGAGAAGGCUGCUGGAGUGGAUGGUAAGAUGGGCCGAUCGCAGGCUGCCCUGUGAUCCCGGUCUCACCAAGCUGGCCUCUGAGUCCUGUCCUGUCAUUCGUGUGAGGACCUCUGCGGCUGCCAUUCUGACAUCACUGUGGCUUUUGGAACAACCCUAUUUUGCUACAUAUAAGGCAAAAAAUGCCAUUAUUAAAGUGCGAGAACAUCCUCACACUGGGCCUCAGAGUGGACCUCACGUGGAGGGUGAGUGCAGGACAGGUGCCGGCUGCUCUGAGGCAGGAUCCACGCCAGGUGGGCCUGAGGAGGGAGAUGACCACAGUGAGUCUGGUCAGAGUGUCUUGAAAAAGCCACCUGAAGCCAAAACUCCUGAAAUAAAAGAAACCAAUGAUGAGGUCAUUUCUGUCACUGAUGAUACUGGAAAAGAAUUUAUAGACAUCGAUGAGGAUCUUCUAGGAGUAGAAAUGUUAACCCAGAAGGUGAUAGAUACAUGCCUGUCAGACCAUGAAGAAGAAGCCAGAGGACCUGCUGGAAGUCCCCAAAGUCCCAGUGUUGCCAUUCACAUGCAGACGUUACCAGGGCAUUUAGAACAUGCCACGGGGGAGGUUCAGCGUCCCCAGGAAGAACCGCUGGAGACAGGCAUUGAGGAAAAAUCAGCGGAACAGGAUGGUAUGAUCGAAGCCUUUUCAAAUCCGGAGCACACCAUUCCUCAUUCACUUUGUGUAGACACAAGUUCAGAAAUUUCUAGUGCUCAGAUCUCUGCAGUUAAAGAGAAAUCGUCCUCAGAUCCGCCUUUGGUGUCGAAUGGAAUCAAUGUUGCUUCACAGACCCCUCUACCAGCCGCCCAGCAGACGCAGAGCAACGAGCCCAGGGCACAGUUACCAGACUCUGUCGACUCUGUUAGGCAGAUGCUCCAAGAUGAAAUGUUUAAAUUAGUUCAGCUGCAACAGAUCAACUUCCUCAGUCUAAUGCAAAUAGUAGGGUUGCCUUUUACUAACCUCCCGGACAUACAUCGACUUGCACAGCAGCCUCAGUCUGUGCAUUUGGUGGGAAGCCAAGUAUCAAACCCCACAGAAGGGAGUGGUGGUGUUGAAGACACCAGGGGAGAUCCGAAGGAGACGUUGCUCAUUAAACCACAGUCCACAGGAGAGCAAGCCAGAGAGCCCAGCAAGAAGAGUGCCCCCUGCCUAACAGGAGCUGUGCAGUCCGAUCAGAGUCAUGAAAAUUCACAGAGUGUUCCACAUGGGAGUAUUCCUUGCGUAUUAGAAGGUCAACCCCAGAAUAGCGGACUGCUCACAGCAUCUGCAAGCUUCCCAGCUGCUUUAUUUCCCCCAGCCCCUGCUGGAAGUACUCACCUCCACCCCCUGUCCACUUCUUCUGCCCUUCCGAAGAUACCUAGACUUCUCCCGGCUAUGACUUCCAGGCCUGGUGACGGUUUUCAUUUGCUUCAGUUCCAGCCUAGGCAUGGAUUUAAGCCCCUCUUUUUCCAGGGAGAAAGAGCUCCGCCAGUUCCCCACAGGUGUCUGCCACAGCCCAGAGAGGCGUGGGGACCUGACUCCUGCCAGCCACCUUUGCCGGCAAGAGUGAUGCACACAACUUCAGUGUCCCCUUCGAAUUUGAGCCACUGUAAUACCGAGGCCGAGCAAAAGGCCGUUGAUCAGAAGAAAGGGGUGGAAACUGUAAUGACAGAAACCCCUAAGCACCUGAACUUGGAUCAGUAUGUUGGACAAGAAACUGUGACACCUCAGCAGGACUCUUCCAUAUUUAUAAAACCAGAAAAAGCAUUUGAUGUUAAGCCAGAGCCCCUUGAGUUGUCCCCUCAGAAUUCCUUUGGAUUUCCUUUGUUGCAACUGCAACUGAGACCUCCUUUUACAUUUUCCUCUGUCUCAAGAGCAUCGGUUACAGUUCCCUCAAUACCUGUCAGAGCUGUAGCAGAAGAAAGAAAAUACCCAGGUGUCUCACUACUGCCUUCCCAUCUGUCUCAGGAAAAUAUGUACAAAUCCCUACAACUUAUUCCAGUUGAAAAGUUCACUGCCUUUAAGCAAAGCCAACAGAGACCAACACGUGAUUUAUUUGAACAAGGUGAUCCCGGGUACCUUCAGCUUAUGAAGGGCAAAACAGACCCUCCCGAAGUAAGACAAGGGAAGGACAGCAAGAAAAGGCAAAGACGACGAACUAAGAAAGAGCUGCAAGAAGAAAGAUCAGAGAAACUAAGGAGAAAACCAAGUGUGACUUUGCAACCAGAGGGUGCCAUCGUUAAUGACCAUGAUUCAGAAAUAGCUGUGAAACCCCAGGAGCAGCGAGAGCAUCGUGGUUCCCAGACUUUGGAUGAAUUUGAAAUUCCUCUUGAAAUGCUACAGGAUGAUACUACUUCAGCUGGAUUGCAUUUCAUGGCCUCUGUGAGAAAGAAAGCUAUAGAAUGUCACGAUGCAAGUACAAAUACAGAUCCAGGUAAAGAAGCUGCUUCUCAGGAAGUUGUUUCUGAAUGUCGGAAAAAUGAACAGGUCAUUUCCUCCACAUCAGAAUGUGAACCUUUGGCUGUCCCUCAGGCAGUGGCUCCAGAUGUGCAUCUGAAUCUCAGGCUUCCCACCAGAAGGGCAGAGAGGCCUUUGCCGCCUCCAGCCUCUGACAUGGUGGGACACACUUACAUAAAUGUGAUUGACAUCGAAGCUGAUGACCUACAGGAAUUACCUGUCAGAGAGCCUUCAGGUGACAAUAAUGUCAGACAGCAGGUAGAAGUCCCGUCUUCUGCAGAGUUACAUUACAUGGCAGCUUCAGUUACUAGUGCUGUUCCCCUGUGCAGUUUUAAGAGUCAAGAAUCUGCCGGCUCUGUGGUAGACUUUCUUCUUAAACCUGCAGAAGUAUCAUCUCUCUCCUGUCUGGAUGGAGGAAGCUGGAGAGCAGGCAUUGCAGACAUGAAGGAGCCUGAUAUCCCUUCACCUCCAUCAUCAGACAAAGAGCAGGACAGAGACAUGCCGAAGCCAGAUUUUCAAUUCAAAGAACAGAGCUCACAGCCAGAUGCUGCAGAAAGGGAUGGGCUGCGGGAUUACCUGCUGCAGGAGCUGCUGCAGGCUGUCUCUGCUCCAUGCCCAGCGCCCAGCCCUGCAGCCUGCCGACUGCAGCACCUCACCUCUCAGCUGCAGAAAAUCGACGCACAGCUGCUGGCGAUACAGCACAUUGCUGACCACAUCGAGCAGGACUUCCCCAGGCACGGAAUGGAGCCCCAGCACUGUGGCAAGGUUCAAUCCGUGCAUCACACUGAAUUGUCUAAUGGCCCUGAAUCUGAAAAAACACUGGCUUCAAAAACCAUUACCCUUUCCAAAGAAGGCUCUGGAUUAGUGCCCUUCCUGACUCAUAUGAAUAAGGAAGACCAAAGUGACAAAGAGCAGACUUUCAAAGCUGAACUUUCAGGAACAGAAGCUCAUUCUCCGAAAACCUAUGUGUUCCCUUCUGUCAGUUCGCCCCUCAGCCUCUCCAGUGACCGGAAUACAAGUUUCCUUGGUGUGAAUAACAGUGAUGAGUUAUUUGAGAGCGUCUCAGCAGAUCCACUCCAGGUGACAGGGCUGACUGAUAUUGCAGACAUCAUUGAUGACCUUAUCACAAAAGAUGGAGUUUCCAGUGAGGAGCUGGGCCUAACAGAACAACAGGCUAGGGCCAUCUCCAGGAUUCAGCAUUCUUCUGACAGACGUCCUGGAAGGACUGCAAAGGAGAGAAGAGAGAUCCAAGUCUGGAUGAAAAGGAAACAAAAAGAAAGGAUGGCAGAGUACUUACGUCAGCUGGCGGAGAAGAGGGGGCAGGAGCACGACCCUUUCUGCCCCAGGAGCAAUCCAUUUUACAUGACUUCACGGGAAAUCAGGCUGAGACAGAAGAUGAAGCACGAAAAAGACAGAUUGCUACUCUCUGACCACUACAGUCGUCGGAUCUCACAAGCAUACAGUCUGAUGAAUGAACUACUGUCUGAGUCUGUACAGCUACCAGCCGCUGCACGGAAACCAUCGCCUGACAAACCCAGAACUGGUCACACUUCCAGACGGCAGCGCUCCCUCUCUCCAAGAAGAGAGACUCGACACAGCUUUCCAGUAAAUCGACCUGGAAAAGUCAGAUAUAUAUCCAAACCAAGUUCCAUCCCCAAAGGGAAACCUUUUGGGCAACUGCAAGGCUCACGUUGGCCACAUGGAACUGCCACUUUUACCCAGAAGAAAGGUGGUGGAGCCAGAGUGGGGGCGAGAAACGCCGUGUACUCUCCAGUCACCUUCCAAGAAGGCUCUACGGCUCCAUGUCUACAGCACACAGGACAGCGUGGACGUGCAUCUCAGACCGAGCAGCUGUGUGCAGAGGACGAGAGAGAAGAGGCUGUGGUGAGUCCCUGGCUGGUGCCCUCAGACAUCCGCAAGAUUCUUCAGGAAAGUCACAGCUCCCUUCUACAAGACUUGUCACCCACUGAAGACGAGCCCGUGUGCCCUGAUGGCGUAGGUGGCAUGGACAGCGUGUCUGAGAGCACUGGCAGCAUCCUCAGCAAGCUCGACUGGAAUGCCAUCGAAGACAUGGUGGCCAGCGUGGAAGACAAGAGCCUGUCUGUCCACUGGGCCCUGGAUCUGUAAGCCUAAAUGUCUUCCUGUUCCUGCAGCCAGCCCCUCAGUGGUGUAGUUCUGAAAGGCGUGUGGGUUUAAGGGAAAGAAGCAAUGAAAGAAGUGAUGUGAAUUUACCACCUGCAGCAAUAUUACUACCUGGAUAAGCCAUUUCAAGAGGGAAAAUAAACAUUUCUCAGUAAUUUUGCCUUCAUUAGGAAAGGGUUGUUUAACUGUAGAUGUAUUAUGUUUUUGCAUUUGACUUAUCUUUAGGUGUAAUUUUUUAAAUAAUGAAAAAAUAAAAUGUACCUUUCAAGCCAA